AUGAUUCUGUGCUGUAAGUGUGGAAUACCGAUUGAGCCUCGGCUGAUGAACAUGUGCGACAGGUGUCUGGUCACCGAGGUUACAAUAUCCUCGAAGGUGAAGCGGAAUCUUGCUGUGGAGCGCUGCAGAGGCUGCGAGCGGUAUCUCCAUCCUCCAAAGAGCUGGAUGGAGUUUUCGUGGGGAUCGAAGGAAUUUCUGCUAUUCUUGAUUAGGCGGAACAAGACGCUUAAUGGGCUCUGCAUUGUCGACUCGAACUUUGUCUACACGGAGCCCAACUCAAAGAGGAUUGUGGUGGCACUUGUGGUUCGGGAGUGCGGGGUGGAGCAGCCUCUGGAGAUGAGGUAUGUCAUCAGAAACAUGCAGUGUCCUGACUGUGCAAAGGUGGAGGCGAAGCAGUUUUGGAACAGCCUAGUCCAGGUGCGCCACAGGGCUGGGCACAGGAGGAUGUUUAUAUAUCUGGAGCAUCUUGUACUGAAGAACAAUGUGUACGGAGACACCAGCAAUAUAAAGCAGAGAAAGGAGGGAUUGGACUUCUACUACAUCGAGAGGAAUGCAGCGGUGAGGAUGGUGAGUUUCUUACAAAGUGUUCUGCCGGUCAGGGUCAAGGUGUCUGAGAGACUGAUAAGUAAAGAUGUUCAUACCAGCAAGUGCAACUACAAGUUCAGCCACUCUGUUGAGAUUGCACCAUUGUGCAAGGACGACCUGGUUGUUGUUGGAAAGGAUGUUAGGCGGAGUCUUGGGAUUGGGAGCUUGGCCAUCGUCCAGAAGAUAGCCACGGGGAUUGUUCUUCUUGAUGCACGUCUUAUGAAGAGUGUUAAGAUUACAGGCUCUUUCUACUGGAAUAACCAGGAUGGACUCAAGGUGCUGAUGAGCUCAAAGGAUUUCACGAAGUACACUGUUGUGAUGAAGUGCUGCAGAAGAAGAGCAGGGGGUGCCAUGGAUGGAUACGAUUUGACAGUGACGUCGGAUGGGAGCGAGUUUUCUGAAGCCCGGUUCCAUCUUGGGAAUGUCGAGGAGGACGACGAGAUACUGGGAUAUGAUCUCCGGCAUCUGAACUUGGCUGUUGAGUGUGAGGACAAGCCCGAGGUGGUUCUGGUGCGUAGAAUGCCUAGGGACGACAUUGUGUGGAAGAUAGAUGUGGCCAGUGAGAGCAGCAUGGAGUACAGACUGUUUGUGGAGGAUGUUGAGAACGAUAGAGAGAUGGUUUCGGGGCUCUGUACUAUCAGGGAGAAAGAAGGGAUUGAUAAGGAGAUGGAGACAUUUAAGGUCAGCUGA